AUGCCUUUCCGCCAGCCCUCCAUCCGCUUCCGCGUCCGCAUCCGCAUGCUCAUGCUCAUGCUCAUGCUCAUCCCACCCCUCGCCGUCCUCUUCUGGGGGCCGACGCGAAACCGCGCCCAACCAUCAAAUGUCUCACCUAAAAACGGCGACCGAGUCCCCGAGCCCCUCUGCCUCGUCUUCUGCUGGGUGUAA